AAAGAAUAUUCAACAUGAGCGGAAGAGGCAAAACCGGCGGCAAGGCAAGAGCAAAGGCCAAGACUCGUUCAUCCCGUGCCGGACUGCAGUUCCCGGUCGGUCGUGUCCACAGACUUCUACGCAAAGGCAACUAUGCUCAGCGCGUCGGCGCCGGUGCUCCCGUCUACUUGGCGGCUGUGCUGGAGUAUUUGACCGCUGAAAUUCUGGAGUUGGCCGGCAACGCAGCCCGCGACAACAAGAAGACUAGAAUCAUCCCCCGUCAUCUGCAGCUGGCCGUGCGUAACGACGAGGAGUUGAACAAACUUUUGGGCGGAGUGACCAUCGCUCAGGGCGGUGUGCUGCCCAACAUCCAGGCCGUGCUUCUGCCAAAGAAGACCGAGAAGGCAGCCAAGGCCAAGUAAAUCUUCAACGCCCGGAACAAGUCCCCAAAACGGCUCUUUUAAGAGCCACGCACUUUGUUUCUA